AUGUGUGACAUGGGGGGACUGGAUAACCUGGUGGCCAACACGGCCUACCUAAAAGCCCAGGGCGGUGAUGACAAGGAGAUGAAAAAGCGCCGUCGCAGCUUGUCUCUCCCCAAGCCGGAGCAAUGCGCUGCAGUACGAGCUUCUGUUGACAAGGACUAUGCAUCGCUUUGUGAAAAGCAGCCUAUUGGCAAAAAGUUUUUCCGUCAAUACCUUGUAAAUAAUCCCGAGUAUAAGGUUGCUGCUGACUUCCUGGAUGACCUCUAUGACUGGGAUCUGGCUGAAGGUGCGGCAAAAGACAAGGCACGCCAAAACAUCAUGAAAACGUAUUGCAAGUCCGACUCCAAGAGCUUCCUGUCCUUUCUUACUGGGGAUGCGGCUGAAAAAUGCAAGUCUGUGACGGAUGCCAACUUUGACGAGGUGAUGAAAGGCAAAGUCCAAGAUGGUGUGAGAGAAUAUCUUAAAGACAAACCCCUCACAGAUUACCAGGCCAGCCCAUUCUUCGAUAAAUUCCUCCAGUGGAAAGAGUAUGAAAAACAGCCCAUCUCUGAUAAAUACUUCUAUGAAUUCAGAACUCUUGGCAAAGGAGGCUUUGGAGAGGUGUGUGCUGUUCAGGUGAAGAACACAGGGCAAAUGUAUGCCUGCAAGAAGUUGUGUAAGAAGCGUCUGAAGAAAAAGGGCGGUGAGAAGAUGGCCCUGUUGGAGAAGAAGAUUUUGGAGAAGGUCAAUAGCCUGUUUUUGGUCAACUUGGGCUACGCUUAUGACACAGACACCCACUUGUGCCUUGUCAUGACCCUGAUGAACGGAGGGGACCUCAAGUACCACAUUUACAACAUGGGCUACGAUGGCAAGGGUGCGGACAAGGGCAUUGAGAUGAAGCGUGUCAUCCACUACACAGCGCAGAUCACCACUGGCAUCCUGCAUCUGCAUGAGAUGGAUAUUGUUUACCGUGAUAUGAAGCCGGAGAACGUGUUGCUGGAUAGUCAAGGCCAGUGCCGACUUUCAGAUUUGGGUCUGGCCAUAGAGCUUGCACCAGAGAAGACCGUCACCCAGAUGGCUGGUACCGGAGCAUACAUGGCCCCUGAGCUCCUGUCCAAAACUCCAUACAGGACUUCAGUGGACUGGUGGGCCUUGGGCUGCAGUAUCUACGAGAUGGUAGCUGGUUACACACCUUUCAAAGGGCCAGAGAGCAAGAAGGAGAAGGUGGAGAAGGAGGAGGUGCAGCGCCGCAUUCUCAAUGAGGAACCCAAGUGGGAGCACAGGUGCUUUGAUGCUCCCACCAAGGACAUCAUCCAGCAGUUUCUCAAGAAGAAGAUAGAGGAGCGCCUGGGCAUGAAGAACAACAUGGAGGAUCCCAGGAAGCAUGAGUGGUUCAAGACCAUCAACUUCCCCCGUCUGGAGGCUGGGCUGGUGGACCCUCCAUGGGUGCCCAAGCCCAAUGUCGUCUACGCCAAGGACACUGGUGACAUUGCAGAGUUCUCUGAGAUCAAGGGCAUUGUGUUUGAUGCCAAUGACAAUAAAUUCUUCAAGGAGUUUAGCACAGGUGCCGUGCCCAUUCAGUGGCAGCACGAGAUGAUUGACACUGGACUGUUUGAUGAGCUUAAUGAUCCCAACAGGAAAGAAGGCGGUGGAGAUCCUGAUGAUGAGAAGAAGUCUGGCACAUGCAGAAUACUGUGA